AUGAUAAAAGCAUUAUACAAAAGCAUAGUUAAUUUUUUAUUGUCAUCUUUUUUCGAAAAUAUUGAAGAAAAACAAUUACAAACAUCACUUUUAAGGGGAAAAGUACAUUUGCAAAAUGUUAAAAUUAAAAAAAACUUUUUUGAUAUUUUGUAUCUACCAUAUACAAUAAAAUAUGGCUACAUUCGUUCGUUAGAUUUACAUAUACCGUUGUUCUAUUUGUUUCAAAAAGCAACGUUAAAAAUUAGUGACGUAGUGAUAGUGAUUAAAGAAAAAAAUUUUAGCGAAUUUAAUAUAGAAGAAGAAAUAUAUGGAAUUAAAGAAUUUAAGAAAAAUAAUUUAAAAAUAGAAGAUAUUAAUAAUAAUUUUUAUGACUUAAAUCAAAAAAUACAUAAGGGAAUAAAUUAUUUAUUAUAUGAAGUAUACAAUAAUAUGUCUAUUGAUAUCGAAAAUGUAGAAAUAUUAUUGGAGAGUUCAGAUAAAAAAAAAUAUAUUUUAGGGUUAUUUAUUAAAAAUAUAAGUAGUGUAAAAAGUAAUAAUGAUGCUAAUAAAAUAAGCAAAGAAUUUUCUUUUUUAGAUAUAAUAUUUUAUAUGAAUGAUGAUAAGGCGAAAUAUUUAAUAAAUAAAGUAAUAAAAAAGGAGCAAAAAAAAAUAAAAAAUAAAAGAAACAUAAAUGAAGAAGAAUUAUAUAAUAAAAUAAGAAAUAUAUGUUUCAAUUUGCACAGAAAAAAAAACAUAAUUUCAGAAAUCCCUAUUAUCGUGAUCAAUACAAAUAUUUACUUAAGUAAUUGUACUGAAUAUGCAUACAGAAAUUCCAAAUAUAUUUUUAAAAAAAAUGAUUAUUUUGAUAUCACGUGUUCACAUUGUGAUAAGUAUUUAUUUCAAUGUAAAGAAGUAAAAAAAGAUAAAAAUAUUUUUCAAAAAAUAUUUUUAAAGAAAGAAAAUAAACAAAGAGAAAAUAGAGAAUUUACUUAUGAGUCAUAUAAUAAAAGAAAUAAUAGCGAUAAAGAGAAAUAUUUAAAUACAAAUAAUUUUAUGAAUAAUGUAAAUGAUAGCAUUAAUGGACAGUUAGUUUCUUUAAAUGAUAAAAUAAAGGAGAGAAAAAAUGUGGAUAAUGAAAAAAAUGUAAGAGAAUUUAAUGAAAAUAAUGUAUAUUUUAAAGUAAGUAGUAUGAAUGAAAAUUUUAUUGAAAAAUUUGAAAUAUUAGAAGAAAAUAUAAAUUUUCGGGAGAAUGAAUACAUGAAUUUUGAAAUAAAAAUAGAUAAAUUGAAUUUUAUGUUGUCUUUUAAGCAGCUAAAUUAUAUUUUUGACUUUUUAAAUUUUUAUUUUAUAUAUAGUUAUUUUAUAAAUGGUUUAAGUGUAGAAGAAUGGCUAAAUAUUCCAGAAAUUAAUGAUAUUUUAAUAUAUAAACAAGAAUUAACUAAAAAAAAAAAUAAAGAAAAAUAUGAUAAAGAUUUUAUUGAAAAAUUUGAAUAUUUACAUAGUUUUCAAAUUAUUUCUAGUCUAAAAAGACAUGUUUUUGAAAAUGCGGAAAAAAAAAAUAAAAAUGACUCUAAAACUUCUGUAUGUAAUGAUGAUAUAUCAGUAAAUUGUAGUUGUACAUUUAUGAUAAAAAAAAUGAAUUUAAAUAUAUAUAACUCACAAAAAAUGAAUAAAAUUAUACGAGUGAACUUGAAUUAUUUUGAAUAUAUUUUAAAAUCAUAUAUUAAUAAUGAUUUUGCGUACAAUAUACUACUAAAUGAUAUAAAUGUAUACUUUCAUCAUAAAAACAAAAGAUAUCCACUACUAGAAUUUUUUCAUAGCAAUUCAAGCGAAAAUCAUAAAAAUGAAGAAAAGAAAAAAGAGAACUUUAAAAAAAAUAAAAGAAAAGGUAAAAAUUAUAUUUUUAACACUUAUUUGAGCAAUAGUUCUAGUUUCAAAAAUAAUUCAUCUAUAAAAAAUAAAUCAAACAGUAUAUACAUGAAUGAUAAUUUAAAGUUAAAUGAAGUAAAAUUUAAAGAAAAAAAACAAUUAAACUUUGCUUUGAAUGAAAGGUCGUUUAAUUGGGAUUUUUAUAGUGAUAAUAAUUUGAAUAAUAAACAGGAUGAUUUAUUAAAAGACAAAGCUCUUUCAGUUUUAGUAUAUAAAAAGUUUGAAACUUCUCAAAGUAAAAUUUAUAUUAAAUCUAAUCAAAUUAUUAUAAUUACCUUAGGUAUAAAAGAAAUAUAUAGCAUUUUAAACAUAAAUUAUGAUUAUAAAACGGUAGAUUUAGAAAAAAAAAUUAAACGUUUUAAAAAUAUAUAUUAUUAUUACUUACUAGGAAAAAAAUACUGUAAAGAAUUAUAUAUAGCAUCAGAGAAAAAUUUUAUUGACAUAAAUUUUGAUUUUAUUAAAAAUAUUUAUUUUAAUAUAGUUAUAAAUAAAAAAUAUUCUAUAUUAUUAUGCAUUAAAAAUUUGUUAUUAAAUUCUUUUUUUUUUACAAAAACUUAUUUGCAUACGCAUUUAAAUAAUUUAUUUAUGUUAAAAAAUUGUUAUGAAGCACAAAGAAAAUACGAGAAAACAGAUAACCACAAUAAUUUUAUUGGAAAGGAUUUUGAUGAUUUAAAUGCUACUAGUGAUAAUCUUAUUUUAUGUUUAAAAAAUGAUAUAGAUGAAAAUUUUAAUAUAGAUACAUUAAAGAAUAGUGACAAAAAUUUAUACAAUGAUAGUAUAAAGGGAACAUAUGAUACAAAUGCUUUGAAUACUGUUUUAAAUAAUAAUACAAAGAAAAUAAAUAAAUAUAAUAUCUAUAAAGAUACUAUAUGCUUACACGAUGAAUCAACUAAAGUAUAUAGAAAAUAUCAGCAAGAAUUUUUAAAAGUGAAUAAUUUAAAAGAAAAUAAGAACAUAAAAAAUACAUGCGGUUGCAAUCAAGAUAACAUAAAUAGAGAGUUAUAUUUAAAUAAAGAAAAUGAAGAUGAAUUCAGUAAUUUUUAUAAUGCAACUAAAUUUCAAGAAACUGCAAAUGAUACAUAUAAUAUAUAUAAUAAUGAAAAUAACAUUUUUAAUAAUGAAAAAAAUGAUUGCAAUGGCAACCUAAAUAAAGAAGAGUGUCUGAACGAGGAAAUAAACAUAUAUAAAGAAAAUCUAUUUAUGAAAAAAUUUAAUAAUGAAAAAGAUAAAGAUAUUUUAACUACAGUUAAACAGAAAAGAAUGAAUUUCGAAUUCUCUAUUUUUGUUUUAAAAAAUAGAAAAAAAAAAAAAAUACAAAAUAUUUUGUUUCAUAAAAAUAAAUCAAGUAGGUACAUAAUAAAACCAAUGAAAAUAUAUAUUGAUGAAAUCACUUAUAAUUUUAAGGACAGUAACGAUAAGAAAUUAACAUUUAUUCAUAGCAGCAGUAAGAAUUAUUUAAACUUUACUAUAAAUGAUAAAAUAAUUUUUAAAAUAAUUUUCUUUUACUAUCAUUAUAAACACUAUAUAGAUAAGAUAUUAGAAAAAUUCAAGAAGAAAGAAAAUACUGAUUAUCUUAAUUUAAAUACUAUUGAUAUACGUAGUUAUAAAACUCUCCAAAUUUUAUUAGAUAAUGCAACGAUAAAUAAUAAAAGUGAAAUUAAAAGGAAAAUUGAAAAAAAUGAAGUAAAUGAAAAUGAAAAGGAAGAAAAAAAAAGCAAGAAUUGUUGUGAAAAUAAAGAAGUGAAUAACUUUUAUGAUAAUUCUGAUUUUUUUAAUGAAACGAAAGAUAAUGAAUUCAGAAUAAAUAAUAAAUUAAAUAAUAAACAAAAUUCUUGUAUAUUUGUAAAUCAAUUAGAUAAUAUUAACUCAAAUAAGGAAAUUAAUACACAAAAUGUAAGUGGUAAUGAAAAUCUUAAAUUAAAUGAUACAAAUAACUAUUAUAAUAAAGAAAAUAAAAAAAAAUAUAAAAAAAAAAUGAAUAAUAAUUCAACUGAAGAAAUAAGUAUAGAAGGAGAAAAUAUAAAAAAAUACAAAGUACAUAUUAAUGAAGUUAACGAAGAAAAAAAAGAAAAAAAGAAGAAUUCAAUAAAUGUUUACUCAAGUGAUAAAUAUGAAGAACUUAGUUUAAAAAAAGAUAUUAAUAAUAUGGAAUAUCACAAUGAAGACACGCAAGAAAUCGUUUUUUUCUUAAACAAAAUAAAGAUACAUGUUAAUGAUUAUAAACAAAAUAAUCGUAUGAUAUCUGUUCAUCUUUCAGAUAUUUUUAUAUACUUCUUCUAUGAAACAAGAAUUUAUAAUUUUCUUUUUAAUCUGAAAAAAAUUAAUGUUCUUAAUUGCUUAUCUUAUAAUGAUAAUUAUAAUAGUUUUCUGCCUUUUAUAGAUAAAAAAAAUUGCAUAAAUAAUUUAAACAAAAAAAAUUCAAAAUUAAAUGAGAGAAGAAAAAAUGCAAAUGUUAACAGUAUAUAUUUUUAUAAUAGUAUUUUUAAACUAGUAAAAAAUGGAAAUUUUUUAUUGUCUUUUUCAUCAAAAAACAAUUCAGCAAAUAAUAUUUCUACAUGUGCUCAAAAUGAUCAAAAUAUAUACAAGAAUUCAAAAGAAAAAAAUAAUUUUUCAAAUAAUAAUGUUGAAUAUCAGACAUCUAAUGAAAUUAAUUAUAUAAAGUCAGAUAAUUAUGGAAAUUUGUAUAGUCUAUAUAGUGAUAAAAUAAAUUGUAAUAAUAUAAAAAAUAAUACCAACAAUAAUUGUGAUGAUAACAAUAAUGAUAAUAGUUCAAACAAUAAAUGUUUUAAUAUUAAUUCAAGUGAUAAUCAAAAUAAUAUUGCAUAUAAUAAUGAAAAAUUAAUUAGAAAAAAUGAAAACGAAAAAGAAGAAUAUAAUUUAAAAAAAAAAAGAAAUUUAAUGAAAAAUAAAUUACAUAAUAAAAUUUUUAUAAAAGAAAAUGAGAAAUUAGAUAAAAAUGAUACUGUUUAUUAUAAUAUGAAUAAAUAUGAAUGUGAUGGUAAUCUAAAUAAUACAAAAUAUUUUAAUACAGAGAAUAAAAUUUCCCUUUUAAAUAAUAAAACAUACUCAGAAGAUAAUUUUAAUACACAUAAUCAUAAUGCCACUAACAAUUUAUCUUGUUUAAACAAUUUAAUAAAAAGCAAUAGCAACUUUAAUACAUCGUGUUUUCUUAUGAAUAGUUUAUCCUCAUCAAUAAUUCAAAAUAAUAGAGGCAGAGAAGAAGAUGCAAAUGAUGAUGAGGAAGAAGGAAGUGAAAAAGAAGAUGAAGAAGACGAUGAAAAAGAAAAUAAGGAAAAAAAUGAAAAUACCAAAAGUUUUGAAUUUCAUAUGAUAAAUUCUCAAUUAAUUAUAGAUUAUUUAUAUUUUAUUCAUUUAUUUAAAUGGUUUAAUAAAUUGAGUAGAAAAUUUGAAAAAAUAAAGGAAAUUUCUGAUUUUGCAUAUAAUAAUAAAACUAAUGAAGGAUUUAAUCUUAAUAAUGUAAAAUAUAAUUAUAAUUUUUUUAUACAGAAUAAUCGAAUUUAUACACCAAUUUAUGAUUUAUCAAUUGCACAAUACACUUAUUAUGAUAAUUUAAAAAAUAAUUCAUAUAUUUCAUUUCUACCAGUUUUGGAAUUCCAUUUUUCUUGUUCUUAUAAAUCAUUAAAUAGUAAUGAUGAAAGUGUUAAAUCUGUACAAGUUAGAAAUUUAGGAAGUAAAUUAAUUAUGCCUUGUUUAAAUAUACAUAAACACAAAAAAAAUAAAAAAUUUUAUAUUUGUGUACUUAAUUUUAAUGGAAAGAAUAAAAGUAAUGAAACUAUAAUAAACGAUUUAAGAUUUCAAAUAAAUAUAAAAAGAAAAAUAAAUUACGAAGUUAUAGAAAACGAGGAAAACAGUAGUACUUAUGAAAAUUUAAGUGUUAGUAAUUAUGAUAAAAAAUUAUCUUCAUUAAAUACUUUUUUUACGGCUAUAUCAAAAAAUUCAUAUUACGGAGAAAAUAAUUUUAACUUAAAAAAUUUUAUUGAUACAAAGGAGAUUAUUAGUUUUUAUAAUGAUCCGAUUAUUUUAAAUUUUUCAAAUGAAAUUUUAAAGAAUGCAAUUAUUUGUUAUAAUACUUUUUCUUAUUUUUUGAGUUGUUGUAACAAAAUGGAAGAUAAAAAUAAUGACAGUAAUAUAAUCAGAGACAUAUUAUAUUAUUUAUAUAAUAAAACAGACUUUUUACUUGAAUAUUUCUUAGAUGAUAUUCGUUUCAAUUUUUAUGAUGGAAACAGCAAUAGAAAUAUGCCUCUUAUUGUAGUUAGUAUAUUUAAUUUAAAAUUGCUUCUUCAAAAAGAUAGGAGUAUUUAUAAUUUUUUAAACUUUCAUUUACACAUAGAUAUUUAUGAUAACUAUAAGAUAUUAUAUGAUACUUUACUAGAAAAAAUGGAGAUAUAUUUAACAUUUGAGAAUAAUAAAAAAAAAAUUAACAUACUUAAUUUAAAAUUAGAAACAUCAUAUAUUAAUAUUUUAUAUACUAAUAAAAAUAAAAAUAUUUUAAUAGGUUUAAUAAAUUCUUUUCUGGAUAAAAAUUUAUAUUUGUUUUCUCCAUCAUAUAAAAAAAUGAAUAUAAUUAACAAUAGAAGAAAAUGUAAUUUCAAAAUAAAUAGCUUUAUAAUAAAAAAAAAAGAAAAAUUGUCUUUUUCUCAGAUUACUUCAAAAAUUUACAAUUACACUGGAUUGUCAAUUAAUGUUAGAUUAAAACAAUCAUUAAGAAAUAAAAUUCAAAAAAAUAGCUCGAAUAACAAAAAUAAAAAUAAAUAUAUUUUUUAUGAAUUACAAAAUAAUGAGCAUGGAGGCUUGUUAAAUGAUGAAAAUGGAGAAGUUUGUGAAGUAGUUGUUAUUAUAAAAAUUUUUAAUUAUGUAUUUGAAAUUGUUGAUAUAGAAAAAAAUAAGAAUACUUGUGAAAUAAGAUUUCUUCCAAUUGUUUAUGAAUUAAAGAAGAGAAAUGAAAAAAAAAGGAUUAUGAUAAAAAAAUAUGAUUUUAAUUUUGAUAUGUAUAAUGAGUAUUCAUUAAAAAAUAAAACAUUUAAAACAUUUAUCAAAUUAUAUAUUCAAACAAAUAUUGAUGAAAAAGGAAUUGUGUCUAUAUAUUUUUCUUCUAAUUUGUUUAUUAAUAACACAACUAAUAGUAAUUUUGUUUUAUUAUUUCAUCCAGUUUUAUAUUAUUUUCAAUUAUUUAAUAAAAAGUGCAAUCAUAAUAGUUUUAAAAAUAUAGAAAAUAUUAAAAAUCUUGAUAAUAAUGGGAUAACAACAAUUAAACCAAAUGAAAAAUAUUUCUUACCACUUAUUUCUUUUGUUCCAAUAAUAAUUUUAUUUGAUUACUUAAAUAGAAAAAAUAACAUUGAAGAAUGUAAUGAAAAUAAAUGUAACUUAAAAAAUAACUGCAAUGGAAAAAUUAAUUACAAUAAUUUUAACACAGUAAACAAUUAUACUAGUACCAAUUAUUAUAUUAACAAUAAUGAUAUUAGUGUAUUCAAGAAAAAAAAAAAAAAAAGUGAAAGUUUUUCUUUUGAUUAUACAAAUAGGAAUACUACAGUAAAAGAAAUACAAAAUUUCAGUAAAAGCAAAAAAUAUAAUUAUUCAUUUAAUGAGUUUAAGAGCAUUUCUUCUAACAAUUUAAAAUUAAAACAUUAUGAAUUAAAUUUCCGAAAUAGUCAAAUAAAUUUAUCGAAUAUUUCAAAUUACAAAGGCGAAAAUGAUUUAAGAUAUGGUCAAAUUAUGAAAUCAGUAAAUUUAAAUAAAAUAAAUGAAAGUGAUAAAAUAAAAAAAAAUAAAAUUUUAAAGAGAUUAGAAAAAUAUAUAAGUGAAAAAAGUAACAAAAAUAUUAAAAAUAUAAAUUAUAUUUAUAUAAUUAAAAAGGAAUUUUAUGAUUUUUAUAUAAGUAAGUAUGAAAAUAAAAAAAGCUAUUUUGAAAUUUUUAAUUUUUUAAUGAAAAAUGGUGCUAAAAAGUUGCUGAAUAAUUCUAGUUUAAAAGAAAUUAUAUAUAGACAUUCAUUUGAUUUUUUAAAAUAUAAUAUAUAUGCUCAAACGAUGAAGUUGAAAACUUUGAAAAUUAUUUUCUAUGACAAACAUAAUAGGUAUAUGAAGGAAGAAUUAGAAAAAAAGGGAGAAAAAAAUGAAGAUAACUUUGGGAAUUACAAUGAAAAUGAAAGUAGGAAUGAGAAUGAGGAUGAAUAUAAAACAAAUAUAGGAAAGGAGAAGGAAAUAGAAAAAAAGAACUAUGAAGUGAAUAAUAAUAACAAUUUAACAGUUUUAAAUAAUUAUAAUUAUCAUGGAAGUAUGAAUAAAUCUAUUAUUUCUUAUGAUAAAUUAUGUAUAAAUGAAAAAUAUUUAAAUAGUAUAUAUCAUAAUAAAAAGAGUCAUACAUUAACUAGCUUGGUAAAAUAUGAUACAAGUAAAAGUUAUUCUGGGAAGAAUAUGUUUAGUAAUGAAUCUUUUUACUUAUACAAUUCAGAUGAAAAAAGAAAUGCUAAAGUAAAUUACAUAAAAUCAGAUGAAACUAGAAAAAAAAAAAAAUAUAUAUUCACAGCAAAAAAACAAAGCAAUUAUAGUAAUACAAUAAUAUGUGAACAAAAAAAUUUAGAAGUGAAUAAAAUUUACUCAUUUGGUGUAUAUAUAGAUUAUAUAUUUGAAAUACACAAUUUUAUGUAUGAAGAAAUAAAAAUUGGAUACUGUCAAAAUUACUAUUUAAAUAAUUUACCUAAGAAAAUAAAAAGAAUUAAAAGAGAAACGAUCAUGCCCAAAUCUAUUAAAUAUUUAGAUACCAUACCAAGUUAUAUAAAUUUUUUUUAUGUUUUUAACAAUAAAAAUUACGUUUUUAAUUUUUUUUCAAAAAAAAUUCAGUUGCAUCAAUUUACUAAUGCACUUGAUAAAUCAUUCAGAGUUAAAAUGCAUAUCGGGUAUAUUAAUGAUAAUAAAAAUAAUAUUAUAUAUAAAAAGAAAAAAUAUAAAUUGAAUUUGUUAAAAAAAAAUUCAAAAUAUAACAAUAAAAAAUACAUUUAUUUGGAAUCCAAGGACUAUGAACAAUUAUGUAAAGAAAUUCCUAAAUUUUUUUUUCUGAAUUUAACAUUAAGAAAAAAAACAGAUUUUCUGAACACCUACAAGGAAAAUAACUUUAAGCACGUAAUAGAUAGCAAUGUGUUACAAUUAUUAAUUUAUUCAUUAUUUCAUUUUCAAAAUAAUUUAGAUAAAGAUCUUAUAGUAAAAUCAAACGGAAAUUCACAAAAAAUUAAAAAAAAAGCAGGUAUGUUCUUUGGUGAUAUUGAUAAUAGCAAAGUGGUUUUUGAGAUUUUUUAUAACAAUCAAAUAUUUGUGUCAAAAAAAAUAAAAAUAAAUGAAGUAUGCAUAAAUAAGAAAAUUAUAUUAACAAGUAAAAAUAAGAAGGAGAAUAUCUUUUUAUCUAUGAAUAUUACUUUAAAUGGAAAAAUAUAUAAUACGAAAACUAUAACAUUAAAUAAUAGAUAUACUAUUAUUAAUAAUACUAACCGAACUCUAUAUGUCCAAGAAGUUAGUAAAGAAUUUAAAAUUAUUAAAAAAGAAAAAAAAAAUAUUGAUUAUAAUAAUUCUAUUUCCUUAUAUAAUUUAUAUAAGAAAAAUUUCUAUUCUGAUAAAAAAAUGAAAAAAAUUAAUAUUAUAAGUGAUACAGAUGAAUCAAAUGAAAAAAAGAACAAAUCUAAAGAAAAAGUCAUUAAAGAAAAAAAAAUUGAAGUUGAAAAAGACGAGUUUUUAAAAAAAGAUGAGAAAAACAAAUUUUACAAGAAAAAAAAAGAGUAUUCAAAUUUAAAUCAUGAAAUUCCCAAAGAACCAUUGAAUAUAAUAUCUAUUAAACCUUAUGAGUCAUUUUAUUAUCACCCAAUAAAUACAAAUAAAUGCUUUUUAAAAUUUUCAUAUGCAGAUAUUAAUGAAUGCAUGAAUAAUGUUAAUUUUAUUGAUAGAAAAGGGUGCUAUGAAUUUACAAACAAUGAAAAUGAUAUAAUGAAUUUAUUUAAUGAUUAUUUAAAAAAGAAAAUAAUUAAAUCUAGAAGUUCACUUCUAAACGAAGAAAAUUCAAAUGAUUAUAUAAAAAAUAAUGAAGAUUUUUUUAAUUUAUUUUAUACUAGUCCUGUGGAAAUUGAAAAAGUUGGCAAUUUUAAAAUUUUUCAUAAAACUAUUAAUAAAAUAGAAAAAAAAAUUAAAAAUAAUGAAAAAACUGAAAUUUUUAAUAAUUCAGAAAGUUCAGCUAAAAUAAGCAAAGUAAGGAAAGGAGAUUCUUAUAAAAUUGAGAAUAAUUCAUUUUAUGAAAGUAAUGUAAUUGAUGAAACUUAUUUCAAUUAUGGAAUUUCAGUUGACAAAAAUUCUAAUGAAAAAAGUGCUCUUAAUAAUGAAAGAAUUUCAAUUAAUGAAAUUAAUCCCAAUGAUAAGUAUAUUUUAAAUAAUGAAAAAUCUUUAAUUGGAGAUAUGAAUUUUUGCACUAAAGAUACUAUUGAAAAAACUAAUGAAAAAAUUUCUGAAAAUUUUAUAAUUGAUUUUAAUGAAAAUGAAAAGGUAAAUAUAAGUAAUUUAAAUGAUAUCAAAGAAAAGAAUGAUGGAAAUAUAAAUAAUGAAAAAGAAAAUAGCAAAUUGGAUGAAUUAAAUUCUUUUAUAAUACUCAUGGAAAAUGAAGAAGGAAAAAGAAAAAAGGAAACAAAUGAAAGAAAGGAUUAUAAUAAAUUAUUUGAUAUAGAAAAAAAUAUUAAAGAUUUAAUGGAAUAUGAAGAGGAAAGAAAAAAUGAGGAAAAUAAAAAUGAUUUGGUGAAAGAAUAUCAAGAAUAUUACUAUGAAUAUAAAGAAGAAAGUGUUAUAACUGAAAUUAAUAUAGCAAUGAAUAGAAACACUAAUAUUGAAAUAAAUGUAUCUAUUGAAAACAAUCCUGAUACUAUAAUUUAUAAUAAAACUAAUUAUUAUCUAAUAUUUUAUCAAAGAAAAACUAAGAAAAAAAUUGUGAAUUUGUUAAAACCUUUUGAUAAAGAAAUAUUUGGAUGGUCAGAUGUGUCCAAACCAAAAGUUAUAAAAUGUUUUUUAAUUUUUAAAAAAAAUGAAAUAUAUAUUUUUUCUUGUAAUUUAAAUAUUGUGAAAGAACAUAAUAAUAUAAUUUUAAAUAACAAUAAAAGAAUUAAUGUUUUAACAAAAAUUGAAAAUGGAAAGAGAGUAUUUUGCUUAGAAGAAAUGAAUAAAGAAAAUGAAGAAAAAUCUAUAGUUCCAUUUUUAUCUGCUAAAGAUUCCAAUAAGUUUAAAACACAAAAAAAAUUACAUAAAAUAAAUUUUUAUAAUAAUAAUGAAUUUAAUGAAUUAAAACAAAAAAAGUAUAUUAAAUUAAAAAAGGAUAAUUUAAAUAGUAAAGUACUUCUAUUAAAUAAAAAUCGUUUUAAUAUAAUAUAUUUUAAGAAGAAGAAAAGAAAAAAGAAAAAAAAGAAAAGCAGUUAUUUUCGUUUUCGUUCAUUUUUUAUUUUAAAAAAUAUAGAUAUAAAUAAUAAGGAAAAAGAAUCGGAAAAUUUAAAAAAAAAAAAAAAAAAAAAAGGAUUUACUAAAAAUAUUUCUCAUAAAGAAAAAAAAAAAAGUAUCAGUUUCAAGGAUUUAGAAAAAGAUAAUAAAAAAAUAAAAUUAAAUAAAAUUUUUUUAAAAAAAGAAGAAAAUAAAUCUGCACCAAAAAGAUCUUUAUCAAAAAGUAGAAAAAGUUACUCGAAAAAAUACAAAAAUAACUUUAAUGAUAAUAAUGUAACUAAAGAAAAAAAUGAUUCAUUAUUGUUAAACGAAAAUAAUACUGUUAAAGGGUAUGAUUACCUUUUUAAUGUAAAGUUUAAAAAAAAAUUGAAUUAUGAUGAAAAUAUAAACGAAGGUUUUUUAAGUGUUAAUAAAAAUUCAAGUGAUGAUAAUACAAGUUCGAACAACGAAUCAAAUGCAUGCAUAAACGAAAAUAGUAAAAUUUAUUCUAAGAAAUACUAUAAAAAUAGUGAUGAAAAUUGCAGUGAAUCGUAUUUCUUUAAUAGAAAAAAAAGUAAAAAAAAAAUUAAAAGAAAGCUUAGUGAUUAUAUUUUUAAGAAAAUUAAAAAGAAUAGGAAAAAGUUAAAAGAUCUAACAAAAAUAUAUCCUAUUUUUUUAAAAAGAAGUAGUAGAAGUGAUGAAUUAAAUACAUUGAUUAGAAAUUAUUUAUCGAAUAAGGAAAAUAGCAUAUAUAGCCAAGAGAAUAUAAAAAAUAAUGAGGAAAACAAUAUUCUUCAUCAUUAUUUAGAUAGUGAAGAAGUAGAUCCAAAAAUUUUUAAAAAUUAUUGUGAUAAAAAAGGAAGUAGAAAAGAAAAUAUGUCAAUAAAAUUUAUAACUAACUUGCAAUUAUUGUUAUGCGGUAUUAAAAUAAACUUAUUCGAACAUUCGUCAGAUUAUAUGAUUUCUUUUGAACUAAAUGAUUUAUUAUUUAAGAAAGAAUAUAUAGAGAAUAUAGAUUAUUAUAACGUAGAUAUAAAAAUAAGUAAUAUUUUAUGUUAUACUAUAUAUAAAUAUUUAAGUGCUUAUGCGAUUUUAUAUACAAAUGACGAUAUAAAUUUAAAAAAUAAUCAUUUAAGAAUGUUAAUCAAUGAAUUACAGGUAAAAAGAAAUUUAUUUAUUGAUAAAAAAUAUGAUUUAAAAAGUGUUAAUUCAUCUGUCUCAUCAAUAGCUAGCAACACGAAUAACAAACCAAAUGAAAGUGAUGUAUUGGAAAACGCAGAAUUUUUAAUAUGUAAUUUUCAAUAUAUAAGAAAGUGUGAAACCCUUUUUUUUAAAUAUUUUUUAUUAAGUAUUAAACCAAUAGUAAUUAAUGCUGAUAUUAAUUCAAUAACUAUUUUGUUCUAUUUUUAUAAAACUUUUUAUAACAAAAAAAAAACAGAAAAGGAAAAUGUAGAAAAUGAUUCUGAUAGCACUAAAAGUGAAAGUAAUAAAAAUAGAAAUAAAAAAAGCAUAAGUGAUAUAAAGAAAAACUAUUAUUCUUCUUUUGAUUCAUUUGAAAACAUAGAAAGAAAAGAAGAGAAAGAAAGGGAAGAAAAAGAGUGGGAGGAAAUGGAAGAAUUUAUAGAAGAAGACUUAAGAAAAAAAGAGAAUGAUGAAAAACAGAAAGUAAAGGAGAAUUUAGAAAAAAAUGAAGUUAAUAAGUAUGUUUAUUUGCAAUACAUUAGUAUCGAUAACAUAAAUAUUUUAUUAAAUUUUCAAUCAGAAUAUAAAAAAGAAUUAAAUAAUCGUGUUAAUGAUUUGUUUUAUAAAGAAUAUAUUAGUGCAUAUAAUAAAUUAGGUGAUAUAUCAAAUUGUAAUAUUUUUUUAAAAAGUUUAUCUAAUAUACACAUAUUUACAAAUUAUCAUCUUCUAAUAAAUUUUCUUCAGAAUUUUUAUUAUAAUCAAACAAUAGUUAAUAUUUCUAAUCUUUUGAUUUCUUUUAACAUAAUUGGUAGCCCUACUUCUUUAAUUGCUCAUAUAAAAAAAGCAUUUAAUGAAUUUUUUUACAUUAUUAAUGAUAAUUCAACUAUUAAAAAAGACUAUAAUAAUCAAACAAAAACAAAUAAAAAUAAAAUAGGACAUAUUCAAAUUUCUAAAGAAUACGAAAAAAAUGAUCUUAUAAAUCUACUAAAUGAGUCAAAUGAAAGUUCAUUUACUGAAGAAAAGGAAGAUAUAAUAAACAAUAGAAAAUAUAUUAUGCAUAUUUUAAAUGAUCAUAAUUCAUAUCAAAAUAAUUUUUUUAAUGAAGAGUGUUAUUUUAAUAAUAUAAAGAAAAGCAAAAGUUGUAAUGCAACAAAGAGAGAAGAAGAAGGAAGUUUUAACAAUUUAAGUUAUUUUUACAAAAAUAACAUAAAGAACAGAGAAUUAGAAAACUUAGUUAUAGAUGAUAAUGCUUCUAUUAAUUCUUUACUUUUUAAUAAUAAAAAAAAUUUACUAUUGUUAAAUAGAGAAGUUAAUAACAACAAAAAAAAUAAUGAUAAUAUUAAUAGGGUUUUUAGUAAGAAAGAAAUAACAAAAACAAAAAAAAAGUGCUUCCCUUCUGCUAUUCAAAAGUGUACAUCAAAUAUUCGAUAUAUAUGUAUAAAAGGAAAGAGAAUUUUAAUUGGAUUAUAUGUUUUAUUCAUUCAAUUGAUAUUAUCCCUACUUUUUUCUAUUACCUUAAUUUUGCAGUCAUUAAUUAAUUUGAUUGAAAAAAUAAAUAUUAAUAAUGUUGACAAUGUGUUUUUGGUUUUUAAUAAAAAAUAUGAAAGAAAACAAAUAUUUGUUUUCAAUAAUAUAGAAGAAUAUAAUAAUUUUAAUAUUACAAAAUUAUUUUACUAUUAUAUAAGUAUAUAUAUUAAUAUUGUAAAGUUUAUUUGGCAUAAUGUAUUGUAUAAAAUGAAGAAGAAUAAAAAGGAUUUGUCAGGAAAAAAUAAAAUUUUCAUAAAAAAAUUAAAGGCUAAUUUAAAGAAAAAGAGAAAAUUUUCUUUUCUUUUUAAUUUUUUCUUAAAUAUAUUGAAUAUUAUAAAUAUUUUCUUAUUUGGGCAUAUUGUAUUUUCACUUUUAUUUCUUUUAACAAUGAAUAAUUUAUUUCAGAAUUUUUUGAGAUGUUGUAUAAAGUUAGUAUAUUAUCAGAGUAACAAAAAUUACCUAGAUUUCCUAAAUAAAAAUAAUAUCAAUCAUAUGAAUAUUAUUAGUUAUAUAAAAAUUAAUCAAAUUAUAAAUAAAUAUAUUCUUUUAAAAGAACCAUUUAAAUAUUUUUUGUCUUAUCAAGAUUUUAUGUAUGCGUGUGCUCCAAAAAAAAUGCAUUAUUUUGUUUAUACAAAAGAAUUAUUUUUUUAUAUUCAAGAAAAUAAAAUAGUUUUUUUAUUUAGAAAGUGUGAUUUAAAGAGCAUUGAUAUUACUAUUCAUACAAUUAAUCAUAGUUUUGGAUUAAAUAGUUACUAUAAGAGAAAAGGAAGCAAGUUUGUAAAAAAAAGUAGAUCAAAAAAUACUUUUUCUAACUAUACUAUUAAUUUGGAUAACUUGACAUAUGAAGAAAAUAAUAGCAUUUCUACUUCUAUUUAUAAUAAAAGCAGCUUAUCUAAUAAUUUAAUAGAAAAUAAAAAUAUAAUAUAUUUCUUAAAUUCGGAAUUAGCAUUAACAAAAAGAAAUGAGAUUAUUAAUAUAAAUAAUAGGAAUUCUAAUUAUAUUAUAUCAGUCAAAAUUACUAUUAAAAAUAAUAUGAAUAUUGUAGAAAGUGCUUAUUAUAAUCCGAAGAAAUUUUUUCAGUCUUUUUCAAAAAUUCAAAAAAGUUUCAAUAAUAUUUACUUGCCUUUAUGUAAAAACAUAAAUUAUGAAGUAAAGUCAAAUAAAGAAAAAAAGAUUAAUAGUAAAAAGGAUACAGUAAAAGUAAAUAGAAGUUUAAGGUUUCAUAAUAUUCUCACUGAUAUGUUUUCCUUUUUAAAAAAAUUUUUUAAAUGUUUUUCAGUUAUAUCAUUAUUUAGAUCAGGAAGAUUAAAAAAUAAUGUAUCUAAUAUAAAAAAAAAACCAAAAGAUAAAAAUAGACAAGAAAAUACACAAAAUAAAAAAAUAAAAAAUAAAGAUUUUAAAAAAAUGGCACCUAAUAACAUUACUUUUAAAUUAAAUUUUGAUGAUUUUCAUUCUAGUUUAAACAUUUUUGAGUGUUUAUGCAGAUAUUCUCAUGAUAAUUAA